AUUCUACUUUUCUGUUGUUGUGUCACUUGUACCCAGAAUUUAGUCACUUUUAUGAUUUGGUAAUGUUUAGAAAAAGUGAUUUUAUUUUUUAAGUUGUUUUAAUUUCUUCACAUGUGUGUUUUAUAGUUUAUUUUCCUUGCAAGUGGACUGGAGACAGUUCAAUAAUUUGAUUUUCAAAAUUAUAGUGAAAUAGCUGGAAACUUUUGUCUCCGUGAGGACGGUAUCUGUACCUUAUCUUUUAUAUAUUUUUAAAUUGGAUUCAUAUCAUUUGCAUGGACCAUUAUACCCCUUGCUUGUUACUGGGAUGCCGCAGGUUCCAACUCGCAUUCCUACCAUCAGUGGGAUGUUGCGGGUUCCAACUUGCAUUGCUGCAAUCGGAUGUCAUGAACAAUUACAACUGAGCUGGUUUAUCAGACAUUGACAUUGACAUUUUCUUUUUGUUAUCUUAUUGGUGUGCAUUUUAUUAUGGUCAUGAAUUUGAUACACAAUUUCUAUGGUUUUUCUCAUCUUGCUAAGUCCCCUUCAGUCACAUGGUUUCAUAUGUUAAAGGUUUGUAGAUGAAAAAGUAGUAUGUUUUGGAUUGCAAGGUGGUUGAUUGGUUCACAAAAUUAAUGGAUAGUUUUCAAAUCUGAAAUAAAACUCAGGAAACUGUCUAUCAUCAUGAGCAGAAAGGUUUACAGUGAGAGUAAGUCGGGGAAGUCAUCUAUGCCAAAUGCUGCUGAUUAUCAUCAAGAAAUUCAUAAAAAUGAGGAAGAUAUAGCUUUAAAAUCUUACCGGAGUCGCCACAAGCACGGGAAUCAUGGAAGGGAAUAUGAAGAUGAGAUGGUUAAGUACAUGUCCAAUUUGCCGGGUUAUUUACAAAGGGGGAGAGAAGAAAGUCGGGAUAAAGUUUUAAAUGUCGGCGUUCUAGAUUGGAACCGUCUAGAACAAUGGAAGAACAGCCGUAAAGAUGCAUCACAUAGAAAUAGAAGGAGUUCGUCAUCAAACAAUGAUUCCUCUUCUGUAUUAAAAGACGGUUUAUCUGGUCAUUCUAGCAAAGAUCAAGGGACAAUAUUGCGUCAGUCGCUGAAAUCUCACUUUAUGGCGUCUUCGAUUCAAGACCAUUCUCAAGCUGUUAAAUCCUCUAGAAGAAGUAUUGGACACUGUCAGGAUUUUAGAGGUAGCAUCGGUAAUAUUGACACGAAGGACCAUCCUAAUAGAAGACUGAAAGAAUUCAACAGGGAAUAUUUGGAUCCGCAUAUUGAUAAGGAAAGUGGCAUCAUGCGAAAUGAGAAAUUGCACAAAGCAGCGUCAAGUGCUAUGCUAGAAAUGCGUACUAGAGAUAGUGGAACGGGAAAAAGAGUAGAGAAAUUGAAUGAACCAAAUAUUGAUAAUGUUGUGCAAAGUAUGCUAAGAAAAAGAGAGCCGUUUGUUCUUAAUUUGCCUACAAAGUCAGAAGAUCAUUCACUAUCAUUCUUAGCUCAGAAGUCAGAAGAUCAUACUCGAUUGAGCUUUUCAGAACAGCCGAAGGAAUUCUUUCGUAAAGAACUAAAUCAUGAUAUUUCGCAUUCCGGUUCACUUCCAGAUGAACUUAGCUGUAAUGAUUCUCAAGAUAAAGGUUCUGCUUGCAGUUCCACAGAUUUGGAAAGUUUCAAACUUCCUGCUUCUACUUUUUCAUCGCCAGCAUCUACUCCCUCAUCACCUUUAUCAGUCAGAGUAGAAAUAAGCCCGCCCAAAUCUAGAAAAGCUGAAGAAAUGAAACAAACCACGGCCAAAAUUUCAUCUGCGAAUGUGCCUCUACAUGAAGUAGACCAAAAAGUAACAUCUGAAAAGUCAAGAAGCUCUUCACCUUUUCGUCAAUCAAGCAUCGGCUAUUCAAGUAGAGGUUCUGCUUGUAAAGAGACUGGACACGUGCGGCAUCAGAGCUCUAUAACAGCUGCUGAAUAUAAUGCCGACAAUGUGAGAGGUUGUGGUAACUUAAACAUUUCAGGAAAUGAUAAACCUGGUGAUGCUGGUAGAAGCAGGACGAGCCCUUUAAGGAGGUUACUGGAUCCAUUGCUGAAACCAAAGACGGCUAAGUUCAGUCACUCCAUGGACUCAUCUCAGAAAGAUUCCUUGUCAACUAAUAAGAAUUAUAGGUCAGCUAAUGCGAGAUUUUCAACUCUACAUCCAAUCAAAGAAGUGGAUAGGGACCAUAAGGACGGUUGUAGUGCAGUUAAGACCGCCGAUUCUUCAAGGGACAAGAAGCACUCUCCAUCAACGACUCAAGCUCUUCUGAGAAUUGCUGUGAAGAAUGGUUUGCCUCUUUUUACAUUUGCUGUUAACCAAAUUGACGGUAACAUUCUUGCAGCCAAAGUGAAGAACUUAGGCGGCGGCUCUGGAAAAGACGAAUGCAAUCGCUUCUAUACCUUUUUAACCUUUAGCGAGGUUAAGAAGAAGAAUGGAAGUUGGAUGAGUAAAGCAGGCAGAUGCAAAGAACCUGAUUACGUUCCCCAAGUUGUGGCUCAAAUGAAGGCUUCUGAUUUGCAUUAUUAUGAUUUAACCGGCCAGAAUUGUAUGGACUCCUCUACCGUGAAAGAGUUUGUUUUGUUUUCUGUAAAGCUCGGGCAAGGCGAUGCCCAGGACGCCGACUAUCAGCCAAAUGAUGAACUUGCUGCUAUAACCGUCAAAAUACCUAAGGCUAUCAGUUUCAUUAACAAUCAACAUCAUAGCAGUUGCCACAGUGAUAGUCAUGACGUCGUCCAAGCAACAGUUGUGCUCCCAGGUGGGGUUCAUAGUUUUCCAAGUAAAGGCGGACCUUCAUCACUACUAGAGCGCUGGAAAUCCGGGGGAUCAUGUGACUGCGGCGGCUGGGAUUUGGCUUGCAAACUUAAAAUUCUUGCUAGUGAAAAUCAAGCCAGUAGAAAACCAUGGUCAUCCAAAUCUCAUUUUGCAGAUUAUCAAUUCGAUCUUUUUGUUCAGGGGAACGAACAAGAUCCGUGCCCAGCAUUCAGCUUAACCCCCUUAGAAAAUGGUAUGAGUUCCGUAGCCUUUGACUCGUCGCUCUCACUUUUGCAAGCAUUCGCCAUUUGCAUUGCCUUAGUUGAUAGCAAGUUGCCCUGUGAGCUUUCUGGAUCAAGAAACUCCAUUGAAGGAAAAAACCAAAAGGAAACACUAUCCUCGCAAACCGAAGAACUAAAGGCUUUUGGUAAAUUACAGGACAUUCCUACCAGUUAUGUUUCUAAUCCACCAGUUUCUCCUGUUGGUAGGGUCUAAAAUUAACAUGUGGUAGAGACAUGUCUCCACAAGCUAGAGUAUAAGAUUAUACAAGGAUCUUAAUAUUUAUAGAAGGUUCUUAGUAUUUUUUUCUGUUUAUUUUUCUUUAACAGAAGCAAGUAUUUCUGCUAAAAAAUGCACAAUAUGAUAAACAACUAUUCUCAUAUAUCAAUCAAUUUAACUGUUAAUAGUAUGAGUAAAUUGUUUUCUAUUAUUGUGCAUUUUUUCUCAAUACUUGUUUCACCAUUGAAAUAAAUACCAGCACUGUAAUGUAAUCAUAAUGCUUUGGUAAGAAAUAUGGUUUGGCUGACGCAGAUUCCAAGGGUGGGAAAAAUAUCAUCGUGCAGAAGAUCAAGUAUCACCGAGAAUUAUCAAACCAUAGUAUCUAGAUGCUAUUGUUUGUUGAGUUUUAGCAUAUAUCCAGGAGAGGCCUAAUCUAUAUUUAUAAAUUAUAACUAAGGACUGUGUUUGUGUUAAGAGUUUCAUAUCCGACAAUAUAUGAGCUGAACAUGUAUUUAUAAAUAGGGGUAAUUCUCACUCUAUGAACCGGUUUUAUAGGGAUGAGUUAGGUUUAAUCACAUUUCUUAACAUGAUAGCAGAGUCAUUAGGUGCAACCAAAAAGAAUGAAACUAGACAAACAAAGUUAAGGUUUGAUUAUCUAUUUUCUUUAAGGGUUUAACACAAGGCCAUACCAAAACUAUGAAAUAAUUAUGAGAGCAUGUAUAAUGUUGGAUUCCAGAAAAGAGUACAUUUAAUAAAGGAAAAGUUUUCUUUAUCUUUUGUACAACUUUGCUUCAUUUUAUUUAUGAUUCAAUGAGCAUGUGCGAAUGUGCCUUACUAGUCAUGCUGUAGACCUUGUGUUCAUUAGCCUC